GAAUUGCAGGUCUUCCUGUGGUAUUUCUAAUAUUAACCACACCAUGCAUUUAAUAGUUAAUUAUUGAUUCACAAUCAUACAAUAGCCCUAGCUAGCUACAGGUUUUCGAGCUGAGCGUGUUGAGAAAGUGCCUACCUACAAUUACAUGUGUUCAGGUGCCCAGAUGUGGUCCUAUAGUCUGUUACUGCUAGCGAUGCUUCAGGGCGUGUUGGGACUCAAUAUUGAUCCCCUGACCCCCACAGUCGUGAACAGUGGGGUGCUUAACGGGAGUGAGGUGGGCUUCGGCUUUACGCUGACUCAGCACCAGUUCUCAGACGGUCGUAAGACGGUGCUUGUGAGUGCCCCCAAGGUAGACGGCCAGUUUGUCAGAGAGGGCGGAGUCUACAGCUGUCCUUAUAUCCACGGUGGAUCCUGUCAGUUCGAGGAUGUGUUCCAGUCAAAAUUGAAUGUGAGGGGAGAUGAUCCUUUCAUUGCUCAACCUUCCACCCUGUCACUGGCGUACACAGACCAGCUGCUCGGCUACUCUCUGAGGAGCUUUGACAAUUAUGUGGUGGCGUGUGCCCCCCUCUACAUAAACCGACCCACCAUCAUUCAAGUCAGUGGUGUCCAGUACCAGGUUGCAGAUCCUAACGGUCGCUGUAUCAUACUAGACUCUGACCUCAACUCGGCCACACCGCUUCAACUGUUCUCUGGUGAUGUUCCUUCUCUUCGUGUAGCCGGAGUGGACACUGGCAUUGUAGGACAGGCUGGCAGUGAGAGAUUGGUCUUUGGGAGCGUACUGAGUGGAAGUCAGCCGGUACCCACGGGUCAGGUGUUCCUCACCAGUCUAAACUCCACCCUCCUGGGGACGGACGAGCUCUCCAGUGAAGGAGGUGUGUCCUCAUUCCUACCUCUCACCGGUUACCAUAUCGAAAGUGGCUUCUUCACUACCCCAGGCAUCAGACAGAUUGUUACCAGUGCUCCAAGAAACGAAGACCAUUUUGGAAGUGUGGAGAUUCUAACAAUUGGCGUUACCUUGGUAACAGUGACCUCAAUUAUCGGAAAAGAGGCUGAUGGUUACUUUGGCUAUGACUUUGCCGUGGUAAACUUUGACCCUGAGAGUGGAGAGUUGGACAGUCUCGUGAUUGGCUGUCCGUUGUGUAAUAGGGAGAGGGGGCGUAUCUACGUGUACACUCACACUGGCAACACAGCCAAUCCAUUCACAGAAGAGUCGGUCAUCGAAGCACCCUCCUCAUCUCGUGGACGCUUUGGAUUGGUUGUCGAGAAUAUCGGAGACAUUAACCUGGAUGGCAUUGACGAUAUUGCUGUGUCAGCACCUUUUGAGGGAGAGGGAGUGGUCUACGUUUACAGGGGAACUCCCUCUGGCCUCACCGCUAACAACCCUCAGAUUAUUCGUGCUGAGCCAGGAGCAACAGUAUUUGGUUACCAGGUGACAGGGGGUACGGAUAUUGAUAGCAACGGGUACCCUGACAUCACAGUUAGCGACCUCUCGGGUGACCUCGUGACCUCUUAUCGGAGCAGCCCCCUUGUUAACGUGACCUUUGACCUCGAGAAUCGGAGGGAAGCGUUGGACAUACUGGGCGACAGUGAUCGGGUGUGCCAGCUAUCAGAGAACGUCAACCUUGCGUGUUUUGAUAUUACUCCUUGCUUUCAAUUUGAUUCAAAGUUUGGAAAUGUCACAAGAUUUGCGCUGAGUUACACGGUGACAGUGGAUGGGACUAAGUCACGAGCUGCUCAUUAUCAGGUGGACUCCGUUAGUGGUGAUGCCACACUUGGAGGCAGCUCGUACACCGAUACCGUUACCGUGGAAACUCCAGGGGAGGUGGGCAGGGUCUGUGCACCUCCUCUCACCUUUGCACUCAGUGCCGAUUUCACUGACACGUCUCCGAUAUCAGUGCAGUUUUCCAUUGACGAUUCCCCACAACCCCUCGCACUUGACUCCACCCCCUCCUCCGACAAACUGGGCGGAGCUCUUCACCCGAUACUGCGCCGCUACCUGAGGGGAGAUGUCCCCAUGCCCCUGUCAUUGGAGUACGAUAUUAACUUCAACGUCAACUGCAGCAGUGGUGCUAGCUUGGAAUGUGAGCCCGUCUACCAACUAUCCAUACAGGAGGACUUUAUGUCAGAUGACAACACUCUGGUGCUUGCGUCUGCAAACGUGUUUGGUUACCGUGUCAACGUGAGCAACACAGCUGGUGAUGAUGGACUCAGCCCCACACUGGUCGUACAACUGCCUCGGGGGAUGGUAUUGGAAAACUCCGUGUCGCUGAGUCCAAGUGCUGUUACCGAGUGCAACAGUCGCUUGAUAAACGAUCAGCUCAGCAAUUUCACAACAGCUGUCGAAUGUGCCCUCCGUAACCCCACCCUGGCAGGGAAGACCCUGCAAUUAGAGCUCUUCUUUGGUUUCAACUUGUCGGGCAUUCCUCUUGAUACUGAAUCUCUUGAGUUUACGUUUCUGGUGAUUGACGGUAUUUCUGGCAACAUCAGUUCCACUGCUAGCAAGGAGGUGCGUCUUGAAGCUGUCGGAGACUAUGGGAUCAGCUCAGUUGUGUCGGAGGAGAGGUACAUAGCCUUCCGGAACACUAUCUAUCGUAAUGCCUCCACCAUACCUCUCAACGAGACUGGCCCACUACUCACCUUCAGAGUGAGUGUCCGCAACUCACGAGAGGCGACCAAUGGAACAGCUUUCCCUCGGACCACCCUCCUUAUACACCUGCCAGUUGAACACAGGGACUUCCCCCUCCUCAUUCCCACGGAGAUUGUCGCUACCUCGGGGACCAUCAACUGCAGUCACUAUCAAGCCAUACCCAGGAGAUUGUCUGUGAUUCAAGAACCAGCUGGGUUCAUCCCGCCCUGGACGGGACCACCCCCACCUAUUGACCCCGCUUGUAAUAGUAUGGGACAGUUUACGUGUGGUGUGAUCCUCUGUACCAUAGCGGACCUUGGCCCCACCCCUGGACCCCCCGCUGAGCUCACUCUCUUCGCUAGACUCUUUAGUCCUGGUGUUCAGUUUGUUGGUGAUCUGACCAUCUACUCUCAGCUGAUCAAGGAGACACUGUUGCCACGGCAGGGAGAGGACAGCGUCACUCAGAGCACGGUUUCGUUCCUCGUGUCACCUGCAGUGACAGAGGUGGUGCAGGAGUGUGUGCCGUACUGGGUGGUAGUCAUUGCCGUGGUAGUGGGGAUAAUCGUACUGGUGGCCAUAAUUUCAAUACUGGCAUUGUGUGGCCUAUUCCGACGCUGGUACAAGAACAAGAAGAGUGGCGAUAUGUCCAAUGGAGUGGAACAAACUGAUUCUGAGUUCUUCCAACGACGGACUAUCCCCCCUAUUCCCGGUAUCACGCAGAGUGGGGCGGGGCAACCAGAGCUGACGAGUUACGUAGUGACAGGGGAGGCAGUAGACGAGGAGAAAGAGAAAGAGGCAGAAGCCGAAGAAGAAGCAGAGCUCGAGAGAGAGCUUAACGAGGCAGCUGCUGCUGAAGAGGAUGUGUUUAUGGACUUUGACCCUGCACAAGGGGUACAUGACGAUGAUGGGGAGGAGACUGAACUUUGAACAGUAUUAGGUACAUGUACACACAUAUAGCUGUUUUUAUUCUACAAAUCUUUCAUUUGCAACUCAUUUAGAAAUGGAUUCUUACAGUCUUUGAAUUGAUAUCUUUUACGUUUGAAUCAAACAAUAUCAAGUGUAUGGCUGUAAUCAUAUUAUUGCAGGCGACGGUAUAUUCUAUAUCACGCUCAG